AUGACUGAUCACUAUCCAAUGUACAAGACACAGUCUGAUUUAUAUCAGAUUCUAGUGCAAAAGACACUGCACAAUGUACAUCAGACAAUAACGGGUCAAAUGGAAGAUAGGAAAACUUUUAAAAGAAUUCACAAGCAACCCGAGCCAGUUGACUGUCUUGCGUUUUAUCGACAAGGCUAUACCGAGGACGGUGUGUACGUGAUCAAACCAACUGGAAGUACAGCUACUGAUGUGUGGUGUGAUAUGACCAAUGGUGGAUGGUCGGUUAUACAACGCCGACAAGAUGGAUCGGAAGAUUUCUACAGAAAUUGGGAAGACUACAAGAAUGGAUUUGGGAAAAGAGUUGGAGAGUAUUGGCUCGGACUUGAAGAGAUUUACUAUUUGACGAUUAUCGACAGUUCAAUCUAUAUAUACCUAGAAACGUUUCAGAAAGAUAGUGUUGACCCAUUCAACGCCUUUGCCGAAUAUUCCACCUUUAAAAUUAAUGAUGAGAGCGACAAAUACCGAUUAACAGUAGCCGGGUACAACGGUUCUUGUGGUGACUCGAUGUCUUAUCAUAACGGAAGUAAGUUUACAACAAAAGAUGAUGAUAACGAUUCCAACUUCAGAUAUAACUGUGCAGUAACUUAUACCGGUGCUUGGUGGUACAAUUCAUGUCAUUUUGCGAAUCUAAAUGGAAUGUAUCUUGAUGGAGCAGGCACAAAAGACGGUGGCGGUAUAAACUGGUACAAAUGCUGGGGACAUACUUAUUCUCUAAAGAAAACUGAAAUGAAAGUUAGAAGAAAUAUCUAAUGCCGGCUCGCCACGGCGAGCCGGUUUUACGGUAGGAUU